AUGAGCUCCGGGCCGCUCUGGAGGUGGUGCUCGGAACGAGACCAGAGGAGCGUUGCGGCGGCUGCAGCUAUGGGUGCUGGGCCUGCGGGGACGCCGAGGGAUCUCGGGGGACAGCCAAGGAGAGCGGGAGAGCCAGCAGCCUGGACUGACCCUCGACGCUGAGCCUCGGUGGGGGACCCUCUGACUCCGCGAGGUCCCGGGAGUGGAAGGGCAGCGCACCCAAGGAGCUGGGCAGCGGCUGGCCACUUCGAGGGUCCCACCGAGCCACCCAGAGGGUCAAGAGGGGCAUACGCGCACAUCCGGGGGUGCUGAGGCCGCCAUAACUCUUUGGAGGCCACUUGGCGACUACUGCCGCCUCGGUCCAGCCCCGGGGUGGCACUGGAUGGCUGAGCUGCCCUGUUGCUGGCCGCCCGGGCGCCGCAGCGGCUGAGGUCGCUGGGAUCGCCGGGCCGCCGCCUCCCUCGCCGCCCCCUGCAUGCCCGGAGCCCGGGUCGCAGCCCACUUGGACUCUCUGGGCCCCCUGGUCUCCUACGUGCAGCCUCCGCUGCUGCCCUCUAUGUUCUACGUGGGCCUGUUCUUCGUCAAUGUGCUGAUCCUAUACUACGCCUUCCUCAUGGAGUACAUCGUCCUCAAUGUGGGCCUCGUCUUUCUGCCCGAGGACUUGGACCAGGCGCUUGUGGACCUUGGCGUCCUCUCCGACCCCGGCUCUGGCCUCUAUGAUGCCGAUUCUGAGCUCGACAUCCUCGAUGGUUACUUGGAGUAGGGUCUUAACUGCUCUAUCCCCGUCCCUUCCACGAUCCGUAACCCUUGGCCUGGACCAGCGGCCCGGAUCAUGCCGCUCCUCCUGGUUGGGGGCGCCGUCGGGACGGAGAUGGGACCCCAAGACGAGACCCUCCCCGGCCUCCAAGGCCUGAUAAAUUCCAGGUGGCACAUUCUUGGCAGGAACAGCACAGAAGAGAGCAGUGGAUGGUGUCAACAGGCCCGGGCUGCCUGUCCCAUCAGUCGCCCUGUUGACUUUGGUCGCUUGUUGGAGGCCUGCACCCCUCCAAAGCUUCGUGCCAACAGAGAGGUUCCCGUCUGAACCCGGGCGAGUGGAAAGGGAGCUUGGGACUGAGUGCCCAGGCCAAGAAGGCCCUGCUCCCCACAGAGCAGGGAAGACUUCUCCGAUGGCUCAGAGGGCCUGGCCUGGGCCUGGGUGUAUGACCUCGAGCGGUCAGGAUGGAUGUUUACAGGAUCCCGGCCAAGGCUGCCGCCCUGCACUUCGCUCCCCAUGACACCUGCUUCCCCCACUUCACCUCCGGAGAAGACUUCGAAACCAAGCUGCAGCCACACCCAAGGUGACGCCUAGGUCCUUCCUCUGCCAGUUGAGCCUUGAGCCCAGCUGGGUUUAUAGACCGAGUCUGGUCUCAAUGACUGCUUUGGGGGUGACUCAGAAAAAAAAAAGCCGAGGAAAUGGGGCUGAGGGUGGGGCUCUGAUGUACUCGUUUCAAGUUGCUUGCUCUUCAUCAAGUUGGCAGGACUGAGAGCUCGCACUGGGGCAGCACCCUGCUGCUCCUCUGGCCAGAAAUAUAUUUUUGAAAAUGUGAGCAGUGUGAAUACUUGAUUUCGAUAAACCUGUAAAAGCAAUACUUAGGCUGACUUAUUUCGAUUAAAAAAUGUAUGCAACUCCA